AUGGAUAAUGGGAUUCCCAGACAAUCUUCUAUAAGAUACAAACUAAAAAAUACAAUAUGUUGCUUUACGGGAAAUAUCCAUCAUCAUGAUUCUUCGUUUGAAGAAGGAGACAGAUCUUAUAACAAAUUACACAUUCCAAAAACACCAAUUUCACCUACAAGUUCAUCAAGUUCUCCAUGCUCAUGGUUCAAGAAAUCUCCCCCUAGUAAUGUAAGUGAUUAUUCACGUGUUAGGGGAAAAAGCUUAAGGACACGUGUGGGUCGCAAACACGGUCAUCAUCGUCAAUCCCAUUCCGCGGAUUUUAGCUAUGACCCUUUAAGUUAUGCACUCAAUUUUGAAAAUGAAAAUGCCCAAGAUGAUAUCCCAAUAAAAGAUUUUAGCUCUCGACUGCCUCAAUCGCCUCCUUCUUCUUCAUCAACGACUAAUUACUCUGAUAAGCUUCCAAAAGAGAUAGUUGGAUAUAGUUGA